GACCCGGCAGGUGAGACCGCUCCAGGUUCACCGGAGGACCGGCGGACCCCGUGACCCCCGCCGCUCCAGGUGCCGGAUUCACGGACAGCUCUGCGGGGAAAAACCGGGGCUGCGAUGCGCCCAUAAGCAGAGUGCGACACGCACGCACAUCCGCACAAACCUGUCUCAAACGGGCCCCGUGUUGCAUCUCUAGGUUCGGGCUCCGAGUCCGAACCACAGGUGGUACCGUUCGGAGGGGAAAGCUGCAGAGAUUACCGUGAGGGGGGGGGGAGCUGAAGCCGCGCUGUCAGACGAGGAAGCGCGGCUCCAAACACGCCCAUUUCAGGCUGAGAGCCGCGGACUCAUCAGAUAACAGCGACUCACCGACCAACAUGCGCCCGCUCCACAAUGGACCUCACCGGGACUAACCCGCCGGACCGCGCCGCUACCAGCAGCUUGUUUCAGACUUGAAUGAUGGACAAGGAGCUCCUCCGUCAGAGCCAAUCAGAACAGACUUCCAAUGGCCCCGCCCCUUCCACGCCAACGACCCCCACCCCCCCGCGUCUCAUCCCCAACCCCAUGCUCCUGGACUCCCCCGCCCCCACGCUGACACCCACCACCUCCUCCCCUCCGCCCCCCCUCACCCCUGCUCCCUCUGUCUCCGCCAACCAUGGAGGACCGAAGGCCGUGGCGGCGGCUAGCGGCGCUCUGUCCCCUCACGUUCUGGUCCCUGCUCCUCACAAACCCCCACUCACUCUGCGGACUUACUCCCGCCCCAUCCUCCCUUCCCUCAAAGCCUCCGCCCCCACACAGACCACCUCUUCCUCUGCCGUUACAGCCGCUGCCGCUCCACCCUCCUCUGUGGCGCACAGCAACACCACCGUCUCAACCAAGACCUCCACCAGUCUCACCAACGGGAACCCUCGACCAGGCUCCACCCCCACCCCCAUCACGCCAUUCCACACGCCGGCCAGCCCACCUGGCAGACAGGUGUCAGCAGCUCACCCAGUGGGUACACCUGGCUCUGUUCAGGCCAAUCAGAGCCCCUCACCUGUCAGGCUCCUGGGGAAAGGUUUCAAAGGGACUGGGCAGGACCAGGUGCUGCUAAGAGCUCAGAUGCUGAUUCUUACGUCUGCUAUGCGACCUGCUCAGCCAUCUUCUUCCUCCUCUUCCUCCUCAGCCCCUCCCUCUAACCCCGCCUCCGCUCAGCUCCAGAGUCUCACCCUGAGGCGUCCUCCCCCGGGGACCCUCACCAUCCCCCCCUCCCUCAGGCUGAAACCCCCCUCCUCCGCCCCGCCACCUCUCUCUCGUCCCAACGCCCCCGCCUUCCCACCUCUCAGACCUCGACCGCAGCCCGGCAUCACGGCGACUGAGAGUCUGGCCACGCCCACUCGCCACCUUCCCGUCCCACCUCCGACUCUGUACUCUCCGGUCCGAGCCGUUCCUCUGAGACCGAGGCUCCACUCUCCAAACACUCAGCGGGCGGCGUCUCCUCGACAGUCCUCCACCCUGCGCCCCGCCUCCGCUGCUACGCCCCUUCAGGCCCCGCCCACCAGCAGACCUCUAACCAGGAUGAAGAGCUGUCCGUUGCCUCAGCUGGGUUCGGCUCAGCUCGGACCAUUACCCUCCCCCCACCAGUUUGAGCGCACGCCGUCGGCGGCGCGGCAGCUUCAGAUCAUCGCCCUGUCGUCGGGUCGACAGCCGAAGUCCGUCUCCAGACCUGCUGAAGACUCGCCGCCUCCUCCUCUGACCUCCUCGUCCUCUGCUCCUCCUCACUGUGGUCCAGGAUCUCCUUUGGGUCAAACUGGCCCUCCAACACAAACUCUGACCCAGAAAGGAAAACCAAAGGACGGCAGUGAGACAACCAGAGACGAAGGGGGCUCUGGUAAAGAUGUCCAGGUGGACAAAGACGUCCAAAGAGACAAGAUAGAGACAAAACGAACUGAGGCCAAGGAGGAGCCGGACCGAGAGGAGGAGGAGAUGGAUGUGACAGAGGAAGGAGAGAGGAGGAAGGAGGAGGGAGAGACUCCCAUGGAUCAGUCCGAGACCCUCCCCGAGCAGGUCCACCAUCAGAACCAGAGACCUGAUACCAUUAAAGACUCCACAGAGGAAUCAAAACUCAACCUGGGUCCCACUUCAUCUCAAACUCCAAGACCAGCACCAGUCCAGGCAUCAGGACCAGUCCAGACAAAGGUUCCAGGACCAGCUUUAAUCCAGACAACGGGACCAGUUUCAGUCCAGACACUGGUUCCAGGACCAGUUCCGGUCCAGAGACCUGUUCUAGAACCAGUUCAGGUCCAGACACCCAUUCCAGGACCAGUUCCAGUGCAGACACCAGUUCCAGGACCACGAACGGUUCCAGAGGUUUCAGUCCAGAACCAGAAGGUGCCGGAGCCUCACCGGGACCUGCAGCCCGUGAGUCAGGAGGACUUCUGUGAGAACAUGUCGACCCAGUCCGAUAAUCAGUCAGCGUUGUCCAGCCUGUCCUCCCAGUCACCCCCCUCCUCACCAUUCGUCACCUCCUCAUCAGAACCCCCUCCCCCCCUCCUACCGCCUCAGACCACCCGCCCGACCGACCUCAGCCUGUUGCGGCACGAGGCCAGGAAAGUCGACGGAACGCCGCCGGAGUCGAGGCCCAGCGCCGAGACGGAGCCUCUCUGCCGAUCAGAGGACGAGUCCGAGAGCUGCGGCCAAUCGCUGGGCGGGCCCUGGGAGAUGAAGGCGUGGCCUGAAGGACGACAGGUGCUGACUCACCUGGUGGAAGGGUUUGUCAUCCAGGAGGGGCUGGAACCGUUUCCUGUGAACCGCUCAUCCCUGCUGGUUCCGGAGCAGGUGACCCGACCGCAGGAAGUGAACGGGACCAACGGGAGAGCGGCGCCGCCCGCCACAGAACCGGUGAAACCGACCGAGGCGUCCACAGACUCGGAGGACGGAGGACGAGGGGACGCGGACGAACCCGAGACUAGACCAGCCCACAAGGACCGGGCCGUGCUGCACUGCCAGUUCUGCGGGAAGCGAGGCCACGCCCACAACUUCAUGAGGUCCAAACGCUUCUGCUCCACUUCCUGCGCCCGAGGGUUCAACGUCCGCCUGACGAAGCGCCUGCGGGCUCUGAGCGCUGGCAGCCGGUCCGAGAGGCCCCGCCCCUCCCUGAACCGGGCCGAGUCGGUACCAGGGAAACCUCUGCUGCUGCGCCUGCCUCGGGAUCUGUGGAGUGCCGGGCGCCGUGACAAGGAAGGGAAGGAGCGGGUGGCGGCGGUGGAGCAGAGGGAGGAGGAGGAGGAGCUGGAGGGAGGAGGAGGUGAGGAAGACGACGACGAUGGAGAAGAAGAGGAGGACCCCGCCGUCGCCAUGGCAGCCAGGAUGGAACGCCGAGCGACUCGCAGGGUGAGGAGGGCGUCGGCGCCGGCCGUCACCAGCUCCGCUCCGGCCACGCCCACAACCACCUUUAGACCCGCCCCCUCGCAGUGGAGCGUGGAAGAGGUGACCGCCUUCAUCCACAUGCUGCCGGGCUGCGGUGACGUGGCAGAGGCGUUCCGGCUGCAGGAGAUCGACGGUCAGGCUCUGCUGCUCCUCACCGAGGACCACCUGAUGACCAGCAUGAACAUCAAACUGGGCCCGGCUCUGAAGAUCUGCGCUCACAUCAACACGCUGAAGAACCCGUGAGGCGGAGCCCCAAGGACGAGCCGAAGACGACAGAACAAAGUCACAAAAAGAGGAGAAAGUUCGGCUCGUUGGUCGUUCCUGAGGUUUUAGAAACCGGAGAACCCACGGGUGUUCGGUCCCGUUCUGCCCGUCUGCAGCAGGACGUCUGAGGAGUUUUUGUAUUUUUGUGAAUAUUUUACAAGCUACUGGAGAGUGUACAUUUCAAAAUAUUUCAUGAAGGAUUUUGAACAUUUAAUAUAUAAAAUUUGUCUAGUUUUUUUUAGCAACGUGACGUUAACGACAAAUCUAUCCCUGUAGCCGACAUAACCAGUGUGUGUAAAGAGUUAAAUAAAAUAAAUAAAACGUAGACUUUGUAAGUGAUUGAUGAAAGUUUAAUGUUUUAUAUCGAUAUAUUCUGGACAAAAAAUCUGUGGGUUAAAAAAGUCACGAUCAGGGUCGAGACGGACGU